UACCUGCGUCCAAACAACCCCUAACUCAAAAAAGGAAUAGCUGUCCAGGUGCAGAGAACCAUUCCCAGAACAGAAUGGCGCAUUUUCUUCAGGCUUCCGUGCCUCUCCACACUCUCUCCAAAAGACUCUCGCUUUCCACACCCCUUGCUCUGCUCCACACUCGAUGUACGAGAUCCCUCUUUUGCAAAAUGUCGGCCGAGUCGGCCCCCCUGACUCACUCCAUCACCCUUCCGAGUCGACCCCGUGAACCCGUAAAGAUUGUAGCCGCACCUGGCAUCUCCAAUUCUGAGUUCAGGAAUGCUAUUAAUUCCUUCUUGUUCAAGCAAUGGUUGAAGAACCUGCAAACUGAAACCGGAAUUUUAGGCGACCAUUCCCUGUCGCUGAAAUGUGUGCUUAUCCAGGGAGUCGAUAUGUUUGGAGAGCGCGUUGGUUUUCUCAAAUUCAAAGCUGACGUUUUGGAUAAGGAGACAGGAAAAAAGGUUCCAGGUAUUGUAUUUGCACGAGGUCCAGCAGUAGCCAUACUGAUCCUCUUGGAGUCGGAGGGUGAAACUUAUGCCGUGCUUACCAAACAGGUUAGGGUCCCUGUUGGGAGGCUUAUUUUGGAAUUGCCUGCUGGAAUGUUGGAUGAUGACAAGGGUGAUUUUGUUGGCACUGCAGCUCGGGAGGUUGAGGAGGAGACUGGUAUACACUUAAAUCUAGAAGACAUGGUUGAUCUCACAGCCUUCCUGGAACCAUCCACUGGAUGCAGAGUCUUUCCUUCCCCGGGUGGAUGUGAUGAAGAAAUUAGCCUCUUUCUGUACCGGGGGUGUGUGGGCAAAGAGAUUAUCAUGCAACUUCAAGGAAAACAAGCUGGUCUUCGUGAACAUGGUGAGCUGAUUGAGGUUUGUGUCGUUCCCUAUAAAAAACUCUGGCGCAUGACACCUGAUUCAAAGGUUCUAAUGGCCGUUGCUCUUUAUGAAAUGGCCAUGAGAGAAGGGUUACUUCCACAAUCAAAGGCCUAAACUGCAACUUUUCAACCACAAGGCGCUCUUCGUGGACUGUUUAUGGAAGCAUGGCACUAGUCAUUCUAUAUUCUGAAUGAAUUCUCCAUGCGUAUUAAACUUCAAGUACAAACUAAUAAAAAGUCAGAAUUCAUUUGUCAAA